CAGGUGACGGACUGUAAGUUUAAAGUUACAGAAAAUACAUUCGAUUUUUUUAUUUGAAUUGAAAUAAAUUCUCAAUUUUGAAAGUAACUUGGCUCCUUCGUGUCUAAAAAAAGUUGAGUCAAAAUCCACUCGAGAUUUCCGGAGGAAAAUGAAUAAGGACGACAUGUUGGUCGAUUUUGAGGCCAACCAAUUGGAGAAUUUCGACAUCGUCGCUGAACUCGACCACGAAGUGACGACGAAGGCCUUGCUCAAUCCUCUGAUCCUGCACAAAGUCUUUUGCUCCUUGGACGUCCCCACCUUAAAAUCAGUUCGCCUCGUGUGCACCCUUUGGGCCGACGUGGGCGCCACUUAUCUCGGGAAGAAGGGUCGGUUCACCUUAUCAGCAGAGUCAGAUUUGACCUCAUUUUUGCCCUCAUUGGAUACCGACCUGGCCAAGAAUGUACACUUACUAUUCAGGAGAUGUGUCUGCUACGACAUUUGUAAAUGUCCCCCAGACUUGACCAAUCUACUCUCCAACUUCGUCCUUCUUUUGCCCCAGAUAUCUGACCAGUUGGAGACCCUCAGGUUCUUCCAUGUCAACGCGUUCGAACCCCUACAGGAAAUUUGGAGUAGUUACGAUUUCCGAAACCUGACUCAGAUCUUGAUCAAAGUAAACGGAUUAUGUCUCGAUAAGCGAGCACCACCACCACCAACGAUGGCUAAAUUUCGAGCCCUCCCAAAUCUGAAAGUGUUCCACGUGGAGAUGUGGCCUGAAGUUAGAAACUCCUUGUUAAUGACCGUGGUGACAACGAUUUUCCAAAACCUGGUCAACUCUGCCCCCAACCUGGAGGACUUUUACCUCGACGCAAUGUUCUACUUGGACUUGACCCCAUGCGGAAAACUGAAGACGUUCAGGCACAACUAUUUUAGUAUGGCCGGUUUUCAAUUGCAAAUUCCUGAGAUGACGAAAAUGCUGGCAAGUUGUCGAAACUCGGUGGAAAAUUUGACCUUGGAAAAUGCUGGGUGGAGUGAUGACCCCAUGGAGCUCAAUUUCCGCUUCCCAAACCUCACCCACCUCAAACUUAAGGCUGGCUACGUGUACAACAUCAACGACUCGCUGAACGUCACCAAUCUCCCAAAAUUGACGCAUUUUUCCAUUACGAGCAUCGACACUUCUUCCGAGUGCGACAUUGCUAUGAUGUUGGAAAACUACAAUUCUCGUCACGUCGGGAUAACUUCGCUCCACGUGGGUUGUUCCCAUAAUCCGGAAAUUGGCAACAACUGGGAUGGACCAGCUGGCGACCUGCUGGUCAACAUGUUUCUGGCCGUGACUGAAUUGAAAUUGUGCAUGCUGAUGGAAUUCUACUCCGAUUUUGACCAAUAUUUUCUCCCUUUGGGGGAAACCUUGCGAUCUUUCGGGAACUGGGAGUUGACCCGGGGGCAAGUCGAGUUUGAUAUGACGUUUGCAUCGCCCAAGAGUAUUAACUACCCCGAUCAGGAGUUUGGAUCUCUACUGAUCAUUGCCGUACUGCGAGGAAUGAUGGGAUGGAGAGGAUUAGCCACCACCUCGCUUCAAUUUACUGGUCAUCGGUGCAAUUACGCAGAGUUUAGAUUGCUGGACGAGAUGCGAGAUGCCCUUUUGUCAUGUAGUAUGAUUGGAAGUGUGGUUAUUGCAGGAUUUCUGAUGGACGAGCCAACUAAGGACAAUUUUCGGACGUUUAUUCGACAGCAUAAUUUGCCUAUUACUGUCACAGAUUGAAUGACUGUUGCAGUUAUGCAUCUUCACCGGUUACACUCUAAAUAAUUUUGUGAUCCAAUUAUUACCGCGCGGUAACACUGAACGCUGUUUUCUGAUAGUAACAAAUUAAUUACAUCCUGUUUUGGUAAUAUGUUUAUUUCCAGAGGGUUGACAUUGGGGGCUGACCAGGUUUUAGCCUGUGUAGGUUAGGUUUCAGUGAUAAAUUAAUCAUUACCCAAGCGGUAGGAACGCGUAGUAUCUCCCCCGGUAAUAAUCGUAUAAAAAUUAUUUAGAAUGUGAAAAGUUCGAUUAUUGUAAAAGUAUCGUUAUUUGCUCAUUUAAGUAAUUACUACUUUUAAUUUUUAUAAGUUAAAGUCUGCUAAAUAUUGUUGCUAGAGUGUAUAGUUUAAUUAGCCGUGAGUAAAAUGGCUAGAAAAUAUUGUCACUUUUGGGUCAAAAUUGUUACAAAAAUUAGUUUAAGGCUAAAAUUUUAUUAAUUUUUUCCUCCAUCAUUUUUUUUGUGUGGGAAAUAUUUAUUUAUAAGCAUAAAAUUAGUAGCACUUUCAAAUUUGAUUCUUAUAGUUUCUAGUAGUUUUCUGCGUAAUUGAAAUUCCAUGUCGAAAGAUUUAGUCGUCGUUUCGAAAUUGCAAAUAAAUAAACCGUAUAAUUAUUCA